AGACUUGUCGAAGAAUCCUCUCAGCACUCUGUCGUGGCAGCUCUUCCAGCACCUGCAAAUCUCCGAGCUGCGCCUGGAGAGCGUGGUGUUUGAGUGCGGCUGUGACAUCCGCUGGGUCCAGCUGUGGCAGCAGAGAGGAGACGCCGCGCUGCACACUCAGCAGCUGUACUGCAAGAACGGAGCCUCCAAGAUACGCCUGCACAACAUGUACAUCCACAACUGUGACCUGCCAGAGAUCAGUGUGAGCCACAGCAGUUUGUUGGUGAUGGAGGGAGACAACGUGACGGUGAGCUGCAACGGAUCGGGAGCGCCGCUGCCCGAAGUGGACUGGACCGUCAGCGAUCUGCACUCCAUCAACACACACCUGUCUAAUGUGUACUGGCCGAACAUCCACUCCAUCAACCUGACUCUGUUCAACAUCAGCCGGGAAGACAACAACUUCCAGCUGACGUGCAUCGCAGAGAACGUGGUGGGAAUGAGCAACUCCUCCAUCCAGCUCAACGUGCAGUUUCCUCCACUCAUCGUGAGACUGGCAGAGCCCGAGAAGCGCCACGACACCUGCAUCGAGUUCACGGUGCGGGGCUACCCACACCCGAGGCUGCGCUGGUUCUACAAGAAAAAGGAGAUUGUUGAGAACGAUUACAUCCGCACUGAGCUGGACUUCUACCAGGACUAUCUGGAGGGUUGUCUGAUCUUCAAGAACCCGACGCACCUCAACAAUGGAAACUACACUCUCGAAGCCAGCAACCGUUUGGGAACGGUCACCAAGUCGGUGAAUGGUCGCUUCCUCUUUGCCCCGGAUAUAGAGGAUGUAGUGGAAAUAGUGCCGCCGUCAGAUGGAGAUGCGGGCCGACCAGAUGAAGACACAUUUGGGGUUUCCAUCGCUGUGGGUUUGGCGGGCUUCGCUUGUGUCCUCCUCCUCGUCCUUUUUGUUCUCAUCAACAAAUACGGCCGUCGCUCCAAAUUCGGUAUGAAAGGUAAGUCUACACCAACAGACAGGCGGACGGUUUUUGCUUGUGUGUCUGGCGUUGGCGUGGUGGAUCAGUGA